AUGGGGCAGCAGGUGGCGACCCCCGGAGCAGAGGAGCGCUCCGCCCAGGCCACCGUUGUCGCGUGGCGCCAGUACCGCCAGGCGUGCGAGCUGCACCUGCGCCUGGCCCCGCCCCCGCCAGGACCCGUCUGCAACCGCAGCUUCGACCUGUACGCGUGCUGGGGCGACGCUGUCCCCAACAGCACGGCCACUGUCCCCUGCCCCUGGUACCUGCCCUGGUACCACCGAGUGCAGGGCGGCGUGGUGGCGCGGCGCUGUGGCCCCGACGGGCGCUGGGUGACAGACGACAGCGGCAGGACCUGGCAGGACAACUCGCAGUGCGAGGACCUGGCGCAGGUGACACCGCUGGAGCGCCAGGUGUGGCUGCUGGAGCAGUUCCGCCUCCUCUACACCGUGGGCUACUCGCUCUCCCUGGUGGCGCUGCUGGUGGCGCUGCUGCUGCUGCUGCUGCUCAGGCGCCUGCGCUGCACGCGGAACCUGAUCCACGCCAACCUCUUCACCCUUCGGCACCCCCAGCUGCGGACGCGGGGGGCACACGGGUGCCCCGCGCCGCCGCAGGCCGGCCCCGCGUGCCGCGUGGCGCAGAGCCUGGCGCAGUACUGCGUGGGAGCCAACUACGCCUGGGCCACGGCCGAGGGGCUGUUCCUGCUGCGGCUGCUGCUGAGCGCGCCCGCGCCGAGCCGCCUGCCCGCCUUCCUGCUGCUCGGCUGGGGUGUCCCCGUGCUCUUCGUGGUGCCCUGGGUCAUCCUGCGUUACCUGUACGAGAACGAGGGGUGCUGGGAGCGCAAUGAGAAGGCGGCGGUGUGGUGGCUGAUCCGCUGCCCCAUCCUGGCGGCCGUGGCGGUGAACUUCGUGGUGUUCGUGAGGAUCGUGCGGAUCCUGGUGGCCAAGGUGCGCGCGCAGCAGGUGGCGCGCGGGGACACGCGGCUCAGGCUGGCGCGCUCCACGCUGACGCUGAUCCCGCUCCUGGGCGUGCACGAGGUGAUUUUCGCCCUGGCCGGGGAGGGCGAGGGGGGCGGCGGCCUCAGGCUGGCCCGGCUGUGCCUGCACCUGCUGCUCACCUCGGCCCAGGGCCUGGUGGUCAGCGUCCUCUACUGCUUCACCAACAAGGAGGUGCAGGCCGAGGUCCGGCGGGGGUGGCAGCGCUGCCGGAUGGGGGGGUGCCGCCCAGUCAUUUUCGGGGGGGUGCGGGGCGGGAACUACAACUCCCAACACGCCCUGCGGCGCGAAAAGAACUACAGCUCCCGUGAGGCCCCGCGCGCCGCCCGGAAGCCGGCGGGAGCGAACUACAGCUCCCGUGAUGCCCCGCGCAGCCGCAGGCGCGCAGCGCCGCGGGCCCGGGGCGCAUGCGCGGCGCGGCACCCCGGAAGCGGCCGGAGAGGCGGAGCGGCCGCGCCCGGCACGGCCCGCUGCAGCUCUGGUGCCCGCGGCCCUUCGGCACCUUCUCGCAGAACAAGCCAUGCUCGUCCCCCGCCGCCACCGCCGGUGCCGCCCCCGGUGCCCCCCGGUGCCCCCCGGGCUGCCGCCCCUCCGAGAACACCCCCGGACCCCCCCGAGCCCGGCCCCGCCGGCACCGGCACCGGCACCAGCGCCGAGGACGGGCGGGUGCUGCUGGACACGUGGUACGUCAUCAAACCGGGCAACACCAAGGAGAAGGUGGCGUUCUUCGUGGUAACACACCAGUGCGGCGGCGCCCGGUGGCGCCCGGUGGCAGGCGGCCGUGCCAGCACCAUGAAGGUCAAGGGCAACUGGGGCAGCGACAGCUCCAAGGCCAAGCGGCGCCGGCGCUGCCACCACGAACCCAAAACCGCUCCAAACGCGCCCUGGGCCGCCGGGGACGCCCCGAAGGGUGACGGCGGCGCCGGGGACCCCGACCUGCUGUCGGUGGCGGAGAUGGUGGCGCUGGUGGAGCGGGCGGCGGCGCUGGCCCUGCAGAGCCUGCCCCGCUCCUCCUGCGACGCCCCCGCCGCCGCUGGUGCUGCUGGAGGCGCCGGGCGGCCCCGAGUGCCGGCGUGGCGGCGCCGCCGGGCGCAGUUCGAGUCCCAGAAACCCCAAAAUCACCAGCACAGGGAGCGCGGCGGGGCCAGGCCUAACGGCUGUGUGCCGCGCCCGGGCGGCGGACGCCUUCCGCAUCUCCAGCGGGGUGCGAGGCCACCGCGGCCGCCAGCGCGAGCGGCAGAAGGAUCAGAUCACCUGCGACCUGUACCGGCUGGUGAGCCGGCGCGGCUGCUGCUGGCCGCCAAAGGGGACAAGGGAGGGCGGCGACGAAGGCGGCCGCAGCAGCGAGCAAAGCGCCGGCGGCGCCGAGGUGGCCCCGGCGGCGCCCGCGGGACUGCGGCGUCCGGCUUCCACGUGGACGUGGUGGUGACGGGCGUGGUGGACCAGUGCGUGUUCUUCGGCAAGGACAGCGCCAAGCAGGUGACCGAGAGACCGUUGCGGCUGCCGGAGGAGCCGCCGCCGCCGGGACAGCUCUUCCUGCUGCCCGAGGAACCGGCGGCGACCACCGCGGCGGCGGCAGCGUCCCCGGGCAAGGACGGCGGCGCCGGCGGUGACCCGGCGCUGUGCCGGCUGUACCGGCACGUGUCCCACGAUUUCCUGGAGAUCCGCUUCAAGAUCCAGCGGCUGCUGGAGCCCCGUCAGUACAUGCUGCUGCUCCCCGAGCACGUCAUGGUGAAGAUCUUCAGCUACCUGCCCACGCAGGCGCUGGCCGCCCUCAAGUGCUCGUGCCACUACUUCAAGUCCAUCAUCGAGACCUUCGGGGUGCGGGCGGCGGAUUCGCGGUGGAACCGGGACCCGCUGUACCGGGACGACCCCUGCAAGCAGUGCAAGAAGCGUUACGAGCGGGGGGACGUGUCGCUGUGCCGCUGGCACCCCAAGCCCUACCACCACGACCUGCCCUACGGCCGCUCGUACUGGAUGUGCUGCCGCCGCACCGACCGCGAGGCGCCGGGCUGCCGCACGGGGCUGCACGACAACAACUGGGUGCACCCGGCCGGCGGCCGCAGGGACGAGGGCAGGUGAGGGAGGGGCAGACGGACGGACGCACCGGACGGACACGCGGACGGCUCGUGGGGCGGCCAGAGCGCUGCCGCGGAUGUGGACGGGGAAAAAAACCAAAAGGAACGGAAAGGAUCGAGUGUGGAAGUGUGGGACUGGGGGGGGCGGUGGCACCAGGUGGGGCGGUGUCCCUCAGAGGGUGACGGUCCCCUCUGGAGCAGUGUCCCCAUGGAGGACAAUGGGAUCGACCCAAUGGCAAUGUCACCAGGGAGGUGACAAUGCCAUCCAGAGUGGUGUCCCCAUGGAGAACAGUGGGAUCGACCCAAUGGCGAUGUCCCCCAGCCCAAUGGCGAUGUCCCCGGCUGGACUGGUGGCCCUGGGGAAGGAUGAUGUCCCUUAGACGGUGACAGUGCCCUCCAGGUUCAUGUUCCCAUAGAGGACAAUGGGGACAACCAUUGGUGAUGUCCCCAGCUGGAGUAGUGGCACCAGGGAGGGUGACAGUCCCCUCCAGGGUGGUGUCCCCGUCAAGGACAA